GCAGUUGUUUAGAAGGUGGGGCAGAAGCAGUUAGUAGUGAAUUCGUAUGAUUCGUGUGGUUACUUUACUCCAAGAAAUUUUUGUACAUAUAAAUUUGCAUAGAAAAAAUAUCGUAUAAAUAUUGUGUAUUAAGAAAUAUUCUACAAACUGUUAAUGUGAUAGUGGCGUCUUGCAUUUUAAAAGCUUACAGCUGGUUGUCAAGCAUUUUUUAAAAAUAUUAUAAAGUUACAUAGAAUCGCGUCUAAUCUAAUAAAAACUCCAUUUACCCAAAAACAUGUCAAAACGUAAGUUAGAAGAUAUGGAAAAUAGACUUGGAAAGCAACCACUUAAAAAUUCAUUGGAUUCUGAUGAAGAUGAUGAUGAGAUAAAUGAAGAUGCUUAUAAUAUAAUGAAUGAAGAAGAAUUUGAAGGUGCAGAAGAUGGACCUUCAGCACCUGAAACAAAUGUAGGAUUUACAGCUUUUAAUAUGAAAGAAGAGUUGGAAGAAGGACAUUUUGACAAAGAUGGCCAUUAUCUUUGGAAAAAAGAAAAACAAAUCAGAGAUAACUGGUUGGAUAACAUAAACUGGGUUCAGAUCAAAUCUAGUUCUACAACUCAAGAGCCUGUUAAAUCAAAUAAAAAUCAUGGAUUAGCAGAUAGUGAUAGUGACGACGAUGGAGAUGUUAUGUUUGAUCCCAUUCCAUUAUACAAAACAAUGUUAGAAUAUCUUAAGCCUGGCGAAACUGUUUCUAAAACCUUGUGCAGACUUGGUAAAGAGAAAAAAAAGUUAACUACAGCUGAAAGAUGGAAAAAGAAAAAGGAAUCUAAAACAUUUAAGGAAGAAGAUCCAAAGGCUGUUAGUAUAACAAAGUUGACAGAGGUAGCAAAUGAAUUAUUAACGCGUACUGGUAAUAUGGAUAUAUAUCAAGAAACUUAUGAACAAAUAAAAAAGAAGGUUGAACAAGCCGAUAAACAUGCACAUCCUUCGAAACAAGAAGCAGAGUUGGAUAUGUAUGCUGACGAUUUUGACGAAAAAGAAAAGGCGAAACUGGAUGACAUCAACAGUGGUGAAACGGUAGAAACUAGGGAAGACACAUCCAACGUAAAAGAGAAUGUAACAUGGGAGCUAAAAUGGUCACAAAAUGAAGAUGCGGAAAUAUAUGGUCCUCAUACUAGUGAACAAAUGCAAGCAUGGUCAAAAGAGGGAUAUUUCAAAAAUGGCGCUUGGGUCAGAAGAACUGGACAACAAAAUCAAUUUUAUAAUGCUGCUAGAGUAGAUUUCGAACUUUACCUGUAAUUUUUACAUUCGGAUACAGAAAUGCGUGAAUAAACCAUGUAUUAGACAUUGCAAGAAGAAUUAUAUUCUACAUGUAACUGAUACGCGCACGCAAUAUAUUGUGUAUAUAUAUAUAUAUAUAUAAUAUACAUAUACAAUAUGUAUGGCGUGUGUAAAAAUACAUACAAACUGUAAAUAGUUCAGUUUCAUAGUUUAUAUAUCUCACAUGUAGAGUUUUGCACAAAUAUCUGUACAAAUAUAAAAAAAAACGUAAUCCGCGUAAUUGCUUGUUAACAAUUAAACAUAUUAAUUUCUUUUCUCAUUUCUACAUCAAGAUGCUAAAGGAUGCCAACUCUUUCGUCUAGUAAAUUUUCAUACUUAUUUUUUUUUACGAAUGGUAACAUUGGAUUGUUUUGAUAUUAAUCUAGAAAUAAACAAAUAUGUUUGCUUUUCAAUUUUUUAUUUUUCAAGUUUUAUUUUUUAUUAGCAAUAAUUAUUUAGCAAUAAUUAAGAGUAAAGAGAUAUAAAUUGAUCAUUUUAAAAAUGAAUUUUUAACAUAUUAUAACAAACAAAUUUAAUCUUUUGCAAGAACACAAAAUGUUAGUAUCUCGCACAAACAACACUUCUAUCUGGUUAUUAGUCUGCGCUUAUUCAUAAAGUGGUAUCGUCACGAUUUGAUAUAUGGAAGAAGUAAAGUACACAAAAAAAGUGACGAAGAUAUAUUGCGUUAUAUUUUUACCGUAUCGGCGAAACACAAAGUACUUUAGUCUUUUUAUUUUAAGAUGAAAGAACGUAGCAUUCGGAAAUACAUAGGGAUUGGUUGAACGAAGGCGAAAAUAGGGUAAAACGAGCUGAUAAAUUUAUACAUGCCGGUUUCAUAAACGGAUAUAGAAGAAAGACUAUUAAGGGUGUUUUAUAUUCAAUGUAUCUUUAUCGUAAUAUGCAAAGCGCGUUAUUAUCAUUCCAAUUUCGAAUAUUCGUUCGAUUAUUCGAACAUUUUGAUAGUAAUUCAUAUUUUUUUUCUUUUUUAUGCAACCGGCAUCGGGAUGUACACACAUAUAUACGAAGAAAACAAACACAUACACAUAGACAUUUGCGCACGUGAGAAGACAUGAUUUAUCGACGUCGGAAUGGUUCAGAUCUUUUUUUUACAUAAUAUAGACAACAUAUAUCGAUUAUACAUGAGAGGAAGAAAUUAUCAAAGAGAGAGAGAGAAAAGUCUAUGAGAGUAUCAACAACUAGAUUUUAUUGCUGAAAAAGAAGGUGGCAUCUACAAUGUGAUGCUGAACAUGUUUGAUCAUACGCGAUCGAGUCCAAGAUUUAUAAUGUGAUACGAUUGGUUAUUAUUCUCAAGUACUAUGCUAUUAUAUAAGUCUUUUGAAAGAUGGAAAACAUUUGACUUGCUAAUAUUGAUGCGCUCCGUAUCGCUUACUCUGGAAAGAGAGUAACGCGUUCAAUAUAUCACAUUCAGUUAGGUUUGGUAAUGGGAUCGCGCGAGAAAGAAAAAAAAUACGCGCGCGACCUUUACGUGUGUGGUAAUAAAAUUUCUAUUCCGACGAAAUUACAUUGCUGGGAUGUUUUACAUCCAGUUCGCGUGAUGAAAAUUCAAAUUAACAGCGCCGUACUGUAUAAAUAAUUCAUUGGCCGAAAUUGUGUGUGUGUGUGUGUGU